AUGGCAGCGCAUUCGGAUAUCGGCAUGGUUCUCGAUGUUGCUGACGCUGCUGCUGGUAAGGCCGACAUGUUUACCCGGAGGGUCACGCGGGACGAGGCCGCCUACAUAUUGGGACGCGCUGGCAAGACCAAGGCCAAGCUGAACGCGGUGAGUGGUGCCACCAUCAACCUCGUAGAAGCCGCUACGGGAUGCCAGCUGCAGGUACGUGGCUCGGACGUGCAGCGGCGGCGGUGCCUCAAGUACGUGGAGUUCGUGAUCGCUCAGAGGCUUGGGCCCGUGGACAUAGCCGAUCCACAGGCCCACGACGACCUGACGAUUUUGGGGGUGCCAGCCAAUACAGUCAGCUUCAUCACCGGCAAGGGGGGAUCCUUCCUGCGCCUGGUCGAGGAGGAGUGGUGCACGCUGCUCUUCUUCCUCCGGCUGGAUCCGGCGAGGCCCCCGCAGCGCGCGAACCCGCUGCACGUCGAGAGCCUGGCCAUCUUCGGGCCCGAGCGGCGGCGGUGGGGAGCGCAGCUGAAGGUGAUGGCGGCCAUCGAGAUGAAGGUGAUGGGCUACUUUACGCAGACCGUGGGUGACCACGAGAGUCUCGAGGACGGCUUCGCCAUCGACACGGUCAGGAUCCGGGAGGAGGACUACAGCUACGCGCUCGGCAAGAACGGGUCCACCCGGAAGAAGCUGGCCAAGGCCUCCGGCUGCACCGUGGAGUACGUCGGCCGUGUUGCGUACCUCUGCGGCGUCAGGAGCGAGCGCGGCCGCGCCAGGGAGUACCUGAGGUGGCGGCUCUGCCAGCGAGCCGGCGAGCGGGUCCACAUCGAUCACCGGGGCCGCAGCGACGUCACGGUCGUCAUGGUGGGCGCCGCCACGGCCGGCUUCAUCGCCGGCCAGCGCGGGGCCCUGCUCCACGCGAUCGAGGAGAGGACGGGCACCCUCUGCUUCUUCGAGGGCGGCGGCGCCGCCGCGCCGCGGCAGAGCUCCGAGGAGGGCCCGAGGCCCCUGCUCAUCUUCGGCCGCCCCGAGCACAGGCGCGCGGCCGAGGCGGAGGUCUGGGACAGGAUCGAUCAUUGCGUCUUUCGAGCAGGCCGGCGCGGGAUUGGUGGAGGACGCGAGGGGCGUCGCCGCCGCCGACUGGGGCCCGAAGACCGCGAAGAGCGGGGGCGGCGUGGCGAGCCGCGGCCUGACGGGGCUCGACCCCGGUCCGCACGAGGAGCGCGUGGAGGUGCCGCACGACGUCGCGUCGCUGCUGCUGGGCGGCGGCGGCAGGGACAGGAGGCGGAUCGCCAGGGCCAGCGGGGCGACGCUGGACCUGCGGGGCAACACGCUGGUCAUCGCAGGCACCCGCGAGGAUCGGACCGGGCGCGCUGCGAAGUACGUGCACCUGCUGAGAGCGCAGCUCCUGGACCGCCUGCCCCUCGGGGACGCCUGCCAGCACGACGACCUCACGCUGGUGAGGCUGCCGGAGCACAUGGCCGAGUGGACGGCCACGAGGCAGGACGCGUUCCUGCGCGGGGUGGAGGAGGAGUUCCGGGUGAUGGCCCUCGCCGCGGACUUCCUCCAGUGCGCCGGCGGCGAGAUGCAGCCUCGCACCCUGGCCGUGUUCGGCGCGCCAGUCGAACGGCGGGGCGCAGAGUUGAAGAUGACGGCGGUCAUCGAGUCGAGGAUCUCAGGCUCCGUCGCGAGACGUGA